GGCGUGCUCUUGUCAUACUCUUUCUUGUCCAUAGAAAUUGCAGGGGGUUACCCCAGAUUUAUUAUGUAGUUUGUUUUGCAAUCUAUGUGCACGUCAUACGAAUUGUGAUUUAAGUGCAUAAUUUCUAUCAUAAUUUAAUAGUUACAGUUUAUUAUGAAUUAAACUUUAAAAAACUCUGAAUUUACACGUGAUAGUCCAAAAUGUCAGAUGAGCAAGUAAACAGCAAGACAAGACUACACAAACUUCCGUUCGUUAUAAAAAAAGACGCAUUAAAACUGGGCCCGAAUACGAAGUAUGGUAUGUUUCGUUGUUUUCCCGGUGCUUCGGGAAGUUUGAUAAAGGAAGAUAUAGUUUACAAUGUGAAAGAUGGUGACUUUUUCAAGGGGAAAUACCCUGACUUGCUCAUUAUCAAUAGAUUGAAUCUUAUGAAGAAUAGUAGUCGAACGAUCGCCUCUUACACCAGUCGUGAUGGUUCCGUCGUUCAAUUAACAUCGGACGCAGUGGCUAAAUUGAUUGGACAAGAUAGUUAUGAUCAAGUGUUUUCGUCCCUGUGCUGCGUUAUAAACCUAGAGUUGAAAGUAAAAGGCAUAUUCUCUUUACUAUGUCUCGGUGCACUUGAGCAAAAGGAAUUUUCUACAAUCGAUACACAGACUUACGAAUCCUCAUUCACACAUUUAAUUAAAGAGAAACUGCGACAAAAAACAAAACAUCAGAGACGUAACAAAUUCAGGUCAUAUGUUGUGCAGAAGCCAAAACUAGAAACUUUUUCAAAAAGGAUUAUCAUACAUCCUGAUGACCUAAAAAAGAAUAAGGAUAUUAAGGUUGAAGUUGACGAAUCCAACUUAGAAACUGUGCCUAUAAGUGAUCAAAGUUGCAAAGAUAUAAAACUUGAAUUCAAUGAUAAAGAGACAACUUGCAAUAUAACUGAUAAAUGCAUAAAGCAAGAAACUGACCAUGAUUCAUUUCCUGAGUUAAAAGAAAUAGUUAACGAAGAUAGUAACAUCUCAGAUGUAGGCAGUGUGGGUAAUUUAUCAAUAGACAGUAAUUUUAGUUUAAUUGAUAUAGAAAGGAGUGUUAAACCAAUACUUAAUUAUAUAGAUGGUCAUACAGAAAUUAACAAAUAUGAUUAUUAUCAAGGUGAAAUGUCACCGAUUGUUAUGGCCGAUGGAUCAACAGUGAUGGUAAGGGGAAAUCCCGACUUGUUUCAUAUAGCAACGCCAGAUAUUUUGGAGAAUUUAUCACCGUCUGAUCAGAAAAAGCUCUUGUUACAUCAAGCAUAUUUAGAUUGGAAGUUCUGUCUACAACGUGAUGAGGAUGAUAAUUUACCAAUACAUUUGGCCGUUCUUAACAACGAUGUGGCAUUGCUUAAAAGACAGUGUAGCAUGUUGAAGACUAGGCAUGAGACCGUCGAUAUUCUGGCUGGGAACUUGACACCAUUACAAAUGGCAAUAUUACAAAACUGUCCGGGAUGCACGGAGGUGCUGUUAGCUAUGGGCGCAGACGUUAUGAUCAGGGACGAUGAAUCCAGGACCGCUCUACACCUGGCCGCGGAGAUAUGCGCCAAGCAUGUUGACGCCAUACUCACACAUUGCAGGAACAAUGCGAGACAAAUCUUAAAAGAGAACGAUGAUCUAUGGAAGCCUGAAUUAGAGAAUAAACCGGACAAUAGACUCGCCAGUUAUUUACUCACGCAGCUCGUUGCUAUGUGCGAUAAUCAGGGUUACACGCCACUAAUGCUGGCGAGUAAGGCGGGCAACGCGGCGGCGGUGGUGCUGAUGGCCAGCGCGGCGCCCAGCGUCGUCAACAUGGCCAUGCCCACGUGUGGGAACACUGCGCUCUACCUCGCCACGGGUGCCGCUUUUACCGAGGCUGCCAAUCGUGGUGACAAAACCAAAGUACCGGAAAACUUUAAAAGGACCAUAGAGAUUCUGAUUCGACACGGCGCCGAUCCCACCAUAGAGAAUAACUCUGGCAGUAACGUGAACGUUUUACUGGCGGAGUGCCAUGACUCCAUGAUAUCUCUCAUCAUAGGAACAAGUAUGCUAGCGUAUAACGGCUACGCACCCAAAAAAAAGUGCAUCACUAGAUGUGAUGCCUUCAUGCUCAUCAAAGAUAAACAGGGCGGCAUCAGUGUAAAAGAAGUGAAAAAAACAAACAUUAGAAAGAGUACACGUAAUAAAGCUGAAGGCACAUCGAUGUUAAAUUAUACAAAUGAUAAAGCGUGCACUGAAGUUGUUAAUACCGGCGAACAUGUUAACAAGAACACAAGUUCAUGUGAUACCGAUAAACCUGUGAUACUAAAUAAUUUACCGGUCAUCACGAAACUCGUUUCGUUCGGUAAAGAGAAACCGGUUCUAGUCAAAAGUAUAUCGCCCAAAACAUGCGCAGAAAAUAAAGGGCUGAAGACUGAAAUAACUGCUAAAUCUAAUUCUAUCAAAAUGACAGUCCCGCCUCUAGUACCAAUAGGUAGCAAAGGUAAUGUGCCUAAAUUUUUGAAAAUUUUGCCCAAACCCGAAACGGAAACUUCAAAAAGCGAAACUACUGUCCCAAAAAAGAAACCAAUAAUUCUGAGGCAUGUCGCUACUAAAAGACCUAAAAGUAAUGAUGACGAUUCAACUGCGAGUUCCAGUAAAAUACCCAAAGUUUAAAAUAAACAUCUGGUUUGUGUUUUAUUCUAAAUACUGUGAUUUUACAGAAAAAACACAGGACAUAUUCCUAAAUAUUUAAAUUAUUAUACACAUUACUUUAACUGACUACUACGUAUUUAUUUACUAAAACACAGUAUCUAUCAAGCAAUGUUUUUAUUUACAGUUGGUUUCCAGAAAAUAAAGUAUCUAUAUGACCUGUGCUAUAAGGUAUAAUUUUUCGAUUAUUUUAUAAAUCACUGUUAUAUCAAUAAAAUCUAAAUACUUUUUUUUAACCAAAUGUAUAUUAUUAAUGUGUAUAAUUUAUAAACUUGACUCAAAGAGAACUCGAUGUUGUUGGCAUCCAAGCACUUUUUAAAAAAGCUUGAAUAACUAGUUAUUGGUUAUAAAGACUAUAAGGGUUCCGUUUUUCCUUUUGAUGUACGGAACCCUUUAAAAAUAUUAUUUUCAAUGAAUGAUCUAGUUAUACUUUUAAUAUGAAUAAAACCAUUGGUUUAUUAAAACUUUACGAAUGCUGAGACAUGAAGUGAAGAAUUACAACUAUACAGUAUCAAUACUACUAAACUAAUCAUGGUUUGAAAAAUGUUUUAAAAGAAUCAUGAAAUAAAAACUGUACCAUAGGUACAGUAGGCGUCAGUUUUAAAGAACUCUGAUGUUGAACCUGCGCAGUGGGCGAUUUAUCGAUCAAUUAUUUGGUGGUAUCCAGCGAGACGCGAUGAUGUAGAGUGCCACCGAAAAAUUAACCAAUGUCGUCCAGAAGUGUAGACACGCUUCUAAACUUCAAUCGAGACGCUCAAGGAAAGGAAACAUUUUUAAUGUGUCGUAAAGAAUGCACGAGCUUCUUUUUAGGCGCUAUGCAUGCUAGAGAAGAUGCUCAAAAGACAGCUAAUAGACGUGCGGUCGAUUUACUGUACCCGGCAGGAAAUAUCACACAUCGAAUGUUAGAAAGAGAUAACCGUUUCGUAGAGCAUUGUCUCUGUCGUUGAAACCGACAAAAAGUCACAUAGGUAUGAGUGAGAGAGACGACGGACGCUCUACGAAGCCGAAUCUUUUUCUAAUUAUUCUGCUGUUCUCUUUCUAAUGUUCGAUAAGUAAUCAUUCCUGCCUAAAAACUAUUUUAACCUAAAUCUACCUCAAACGUGAAGACAUUAGUAUUUUUUUUAAAGUUUUGGCAAACUUAACCGACUUUAUUGCAUAAUAAAGGAAGGCAAUAAAUAUGAUGAUGUUUACUUAAUAAUUAUAAUUUAAAAAAAAAUCAUAAAUAA